UCUCUCGGCUUGUGUUGGUAUCGUACUUGUGCCAAGUGCCAACACGUGUUUCUACGCAAAGGUGAAAGGAAUGCGAAAAGUUUGUUGUGUGAAUCGAUACCUUUGAGACAGUUUUAUCAGGGUCCAUAAUUACGUGUGGCUUAUCAAUUUCAUUUAAAAAAACUUGUGAAACUGGUCAAAAUGGGUACCACGGGACAAGAAGCUCAUCGUCCGGGUGUUUUUAAACAGACGAAUAAGACUCACAAAACCGGACGUCAUCGUAGUAAGGGUUCCAUUAACGAUCUUGCAAAAGGAAAAGUGAGCAUCAAAACUUUAACAAAAAAAGCACAAAAGGAUCUUGGCAAAGAUGCAAGACGUCUCCGGUCCAUGCAGCUUAGGCAGAGAAAGCGAGAAAAUUUACUCACCUACAAGCGAAAACUUACUGGUCCUCAUUCCGCUCCAAUACUUGUCACAAUAAUUCCUCUACAGGAGGAUCUCGACACCCACUCAAUCGUCUCUAUCAUAAAGCAUGUUGAUGACACAGCUGAAGCAGCUGUUAGUCCUUGUGGGAUUACUCAUAUGUGUGUGCCAAAAUUGAAGAAACGAUUCUCCCUAAUGGUACCAGCACCAGGAAAUAUUAUGGCAAUGUUGGAUGCUAUUAGAGUAUCAACGACUGUCCUUUUUGUAAUCUCGGCCACUGGAAGAUCAAAAUCAUCUCUGCAAAGCUGUAUUAUAGAUCAUCAGGGCGAGGAAAUUCUGAGGCAAUGUCUUGCUCAAGGAUUAACGAAUUAUAUUGUAGCUCUUGUAAAUCUAGACGAUGUUCCAAUCAAGAAUCGCCAUGAGACCAAUCUACGUGCUCAAGAGUCAAUAUCCAGUUGGUUGCCGAAGGAAAAAAUAAUGCUGUUGGACGAUUCUGCAGAUUCUGCAUUAAAUUUACUUCGCCGUGUGGCAUUUCAGAAGCAGAAAAUCGUCGAUUACAAGAAAAAUCGACCACAUUUAUUGGCCAACAGUAUAAAAUAUAAUAGUAGUGAACACAAUGCCGGGAUUCUAGAAGUAACCGGUUAUUUACGAGGCCGGCCGCUGUCCGUCAAUAGUCUUAUAUACAUUCCCGGUUUCGGUGAAUAUCAAAUGUCACGAAUUGAUGAAAUAACCGAUCCAUAUCCUCUGCAUCAAGGCUGCACCAGAAAUUCUACGGAAGACAUGACGAUGAACGAAGAUGUACGAAUAAUUGGGAUAGCUGAUCCGAGCAAGCAGGAAAGUUUGCAGAAUCAGAAUAUACCAGACCCCAUGGACGCUGAACAAACGUGGCCGACGGGGGAAGACAUUGCAGAAGCAGAGUCUGAACGUAAAGCUAGCAAAAUUGUAAAACUCGUACCAAAAGGAACAUCGGAGUACCAAGCAGCUUGGAUUCCCGAUGAAGAUGCCAUUCCGAAUGAUAAUUACCCAUUAGAGGAGCACGAGGAUUGUGAUAUGCUUGGGAUUGAGGACAUCGAAUCCGGGGUUGACAGUACUGAAAGCAAUGCAGGUAGCAACGAUGAUGAAGAAUUCCAGAGUGUUACGGUAUCGGAGGCAACGCAAAAUAUGCAAAGUUACGAUGAGCAAAUAGAUCUUCAUGAAGAAAGUCGAGCAAUGGAAAAUAUAAAAAAGGCGAAGUUGGACGCUAAAUUUCCCGAUGAAGUUGAUACACCACACGACAUGUCAGCUAAAAUCCGCUUUCAAAAGUAUCGAGGAUUGGAAUCUUUCAGAACCAGCCCCUGGGAUCCAAAAGAAAAUCUACCGUUUGAUUACGCGAAAAUUUAUCAAUUUGAGAAUUUCGAUUGUACACGUCGUCGUAUUUACCGUGAGAUUGAACUUCAGGAAGAGUUGAACGUUACCGCUCCGCCCGGAUGUUAUGUCACAAUUCAUGUGAAAGGCGUUAAUCAAGAGCUUUUCGAUGCCUAUCAAAAGACAGAAAAUUUUCCACUUACAAUUUUUGGACUCCUGCCGAACGAGCAAAAAAUGUCUCUCGUAAAUAUUACAUUGACACGGAUUGGGAACGUUUCUAAGCCGAUUAAAUCUAAGGAAAGGCUCGUCUUUCAAUGUGGUUUUCGAAGAUUUACUGCAUGUCCAAUUUUCAGUCAACAUACUAAUGGCUCGAAACACAAAUACGAAAGAUAUUUUCAGCCCAACUCCACGGUUGUUGCAAGCUUAUACGCACCAAUUACGUUUCCACCUUGUCCGGUGAUAUGUUAUAUCGAGAACACAAAUGGUCUUUUGGAAUUGAUUGCAACUGGUAAUCUAUUGUCCGUGAACCCUGACAGAAUAAUAGUCAAACGUGCUGUUCUCAGUGGACACCCCUUCAAAGUUCAUAAACGUUCGGCUGUUGUACGUUUCAUGUUUUACAAUCGAGAGGAUGUAAUGUGGUUCAAACCGGUUCAAUUGCGGACAAAAUAUGGCCGUCGGGGUCAUAUCAAGGAGCCCCUCGGUACACAUGGAUAUAUGAAGUGCGUUUUCGAUGGUCAGCUGAAGUCCCAGGAUACAAUACUGUUGAAUCUUUUCAAAAGAGUUUUUCCCAAAUGGACUUACGAACCUUUAUUAUUUACCAAAAUGGCCACCGACGGUAAUAAGUUUAAUAUCGAGUAAAAUAUUGAGAAAAAAAACUCAUUAUGUUUUACCACAAUAAAAAUUUAGUUUAAAUAAAAAUAAAAGUGCGUACAAUCCAAAAAGUUUUUUCUUUUAUUAACUGUUUAUAGUUUCGGUUCGCUUAUUUUUCAUUAUGCAUUAACGGUCUCUAGUACCGUAUUCAAUAUUGUCUGCGUAGAUUUUUAUUUGUUUCUAUUUGUGUAAAAAGUAAUAUUGUUUAUUCAUUUGAAGUGAAUCCAGUUAUUCGUAACGUUCGUAACUGAAUUUCACUCGGAGCAUUUUUUUCUCCAAAAAAACGACUGAUUUUUCUUGCGGAAAAGACAAAAAAUAUUUACCCCUUUUAUACUUGAUUAUUCUGUAUUUUUUCUUCAUAAUUUCUCUCAGUCUUCCUCAUCACAUACAACAGUCAGCAGAUUUGUAUAUAGUAUCUGCAAACGAAAAGAAAUGCUCGUACCAUCGAAUAACUCAUUCGGUGAAAUAAACGGUAUGAUCAAGUUCAA